CGAAUCUAGGAACAGCAAUAAUUUAUUUCUGUGAAGAAACAUUGAAUGGACAAUGCAUUAGGUGAAGUACGCGGGAGGGUUUUCAAUGCCAGGAACAGCCACAUUCCCUCCCGUCACGUGACCGAGGACCCCCCGCAAAGCCCAGCCGACGUCCUGCUCAGACGAGCGCCGUUUCCGAACGCGACUGCGCAGCCAUUCAGGACGAUAAUCACCAACUUUGACCACGGUUUUUAAACCUUUAACGUCACCAUGAUGAUAAACGAGAUGAUGAGUGACGCGAUGCACGUCAGCGAUGCAUCGUCCGGAGACGAGGGCGGAAACUCGUUUGACGAUUCCGGCCUCCUUGGCACCACUGACAAGGACGAGGUGACAGCACAGUUGGCUAAUGCAGGUCCAGUGGGCGUGGCUGCGGCUGCUGCCAUAGCAACAGGCAGGAAGAGGAAACGGCCUCAUCAGUUUGAGACGAACCCCUCCAUCAGGAAGAGGCAACAGACUCGACUCACAAGGAAGCUGAAGAACCUGAUAGAUGAAUACAUCAUCAGGGUAGGCCAGCAGGCUGUUGUGCUGUGCUGUACUCCUGGCAAGCCAGAGGGCACGUUCAAGGUGUUCGGUGCCUCUCCACUGGACAGUGUGGUGCGUAACUGUCGUCAGGUGAUCAUGCAGGACCUGGAGGCAGCGCUAGCCCAGCAGGCCCCGCCCCCUCAGUCAGAGAACCCUCACCUACACGAGCUGCCCCCGCUGGUCAUCGAGGGGAUACCUGUACCUGUGGACAAGAUGACUCAGGCCCAACUGCGUGCCUUCAUCCCCAUCAUGUUGAAGUACUCCACUGGGAGGGGGAAGCCAGGCUGGGGGAAGGAGGCCACGCGGCCCGUCUGGUGGCCGUCCGACCUGCCCUGGGCAAACGUUAGGAGUGAUGUCAGAACAGAGGAACAGAAACAGCAGGUAUCCUGGACUCAUGCGCUGCGUACAAUCGUCAAGAACUGCUACAAGCAUCAUGGAAGGGAAGACCUGAUGAUGGAUGCAGAAAUCAACUCUGGCACUGACAACCAGCAGCCGACAACUCAGCUCCAAGUGCACCAAGUCAACGGUCAGCUGAUGCAGCCCCACACCAUGGUACAGACCAUCAACAACCCAGACGGGACCGUCUCUCUCAUACAGGUGGACACGGGGGCUACUGUGGCUACACUUACAGAUGCCAGCGCCAUCACUGUCUCACAGGGAGGUGACCUACAGGGAGAGAGGAACACUUACACUUGGGUUGAUGGGACGGUAUCCAGUCUUGUAGAUGGUGGAGCUAUUGCUGUGUCACAGCAGCCAAUGACAGUGGUUGCCCCCAACUUCCACACACUGAACACAGCCCAGCCCACGGUUACCAUAACAACUCAGAACACACAGGCAGAGGCAACACAGGCCGUGGCCACACUGGCAGAGGUGGCGGCUGCUACACAGGGAGAGGCAGGACAUGAGGGUCUGACCCAGGCCCACAUCACGCCGGUGUCGGUACAGGUGCAGAACGAGGCGGCAGCACAGGGAGUGGCCACGCUGGCGGAGGCAACCCUGUCGGACGGGAGUCAGAUCAUGCUGUCCACAGAAGGUGCGUUGGAUGGGACCGGUCAGGAAGCUGGUAGGUGCCACGUUUCCUUCCUUAUCCUUUCAUUCAUUCACUCACUCAUUCAGUCAUUCACUAACUUACUCAGCGGAACAUGGCAUUCCAACAUUAUCCAGACCAUGCAGCAGCAGCAACAACAACAGCCGCCGCCCCAGCCUCAACAGGUCACCACGGCCGUACCCCAGGUUGCCAUGGUACCCGAUUCCGUCAUCUCCGUGUCCGUCACGCAGGCGAACGAGACGUCGUCAGGCACGGGCGAUGUUCCCAUGGCAACACAUGCAGUGGAAGUGGUGACCCUCGAACAAGCUCAGCAGUAG